AACUGAACGAAGCCACCCCCCCAUCGUCUCCACUCCGCUCCUCCCCCUUCACCAACACCCCAUCCCCUAUCGCACUCUCGACUCCACGCCGCGCGCAUCUCUAUCCGCUGAAUUGGCCCGCUGCACGAUUAGGCGCUGGGACUUCACGCUUGUUUUCGGAUUGUUUUGAUUUUGGAUAUUGACGCUUCCUGCCUCCAUUGCUACGACAACACCCUCAUCGCCGCCCUAUUAGCAAACGCUCUACGCUCUCUUUCAUCAUGGAGCGCACUCCCUCCCCUCCCCGUCGCCUACAUACCCCGCCGGCGCCUCUUCACGGUGACACCUACGAGCCCUUCUCACCGCGUCGCUCCACCAGAGUGGCCGCCCAGCGCGGCCUUCACCACGAGCAAACGAGCCCGCGGUCCAGGCGCGACAUAACCCCUACGGCUUCGACAAAGCGCUCUGCCGCCCGUGCUUCUGCCUUUGCGCUCUCACCGCCAUCCUCUCCAAUUUCUCCACAACAACUCCGCUCUCCACGCUCGACUCGACGCGCGCGCCUGGAUCUGCACCCUCUUGAUUCAGACUCAGAUCACGUUGCUCCAACGCCAGCGCGUCUCCUGUCAACAAUGGCACCCGGCAUGCUACCAACACCAGCAAAGACGCCGCGCAAGCGCCGCAUCGACGAUCUAAGCUCGACCGCGCGCGUAUUGUUCCCAAGCCGCCCCGCUACCAUCGACGAGGUUGUGCCGACGCCGCGAAAAGCGCGCAAGACUAAGAACCUGUACACCCUAGAGAGCUUUGCGCAGCAGAACGACGAGUCGACCGAGAAGAUUGCCAUCUAUACGGACUCCAAGGAGCGCGUUCCUUCGCCCGGCACUGAGGAAGACAACCCUUUCAUCGUGAAGAAGGGCAAAGGCAGGGCCAGGGCGACCCCACAGAAGCCACGCAAGAUGGUCAGUCAGAGAACCGAGAAGAUGACUGCAGCAGCGGAACGGGACGAGGGCAUGGUAUAUAUUUUCCGUGGCCGCAAGGUCUUCCGCAAGUUCCAUAACGGGCCGCCAUCAAAUGCUUCUGAGGCUGAGGAAGAUGAAGAGCUCUCCGCGGACGACAUGCAGCUGCGACGCCAGAUUGGCCACGAGGCUCGUCGUCCUCUUACUCGUUCCUCUAUCAAGCCGCGCCUUCUGUUCCAAGCAGAAAUCCAGGAGCGUAACCGCGAGAACGGCACCGAAGAGGACGACGAAGAGGCGGUAACGGACAUUGAGAUUCCCGUUGCAACUCCGAGCCGGAGGAAGGGCAAGGGCGCCGUGCAACUGCCCACGCUAGAAGCUACCCCGCCGCCUACUGUUCGCAAGGUGAAGAAGGAAAUCUCCUUUGACUCCUGGUCACGCGUCAAAUCGGCGCAUAGCUCAAGCAGCUCCUCGCGCGAGACCAAGAAGCGAGGCGGUGAGCCUCUAGAGCGCGAGGCUGACAAGCGGGCUCGAACCCGUUCAUCUUGAGUGUUGGUUACUACUACUACACCUGCUCUUUUUGAGUUUGUUGCUUGUAGUACCUCACUUGAUACACUUUCGUUAGCCUAGGAACUGGAGUUUUGGAUUUGAUUUGCAUGGUCUAUUGGCCAUUAAUGUUACAUAGCGAGCGUCUUGAUUUGGAGGAUACCCAUACUGCGUGUGUACUGCACGAUGCGAUGCAAGCAUUAUGGCGAUUAUGAGGUACUAAGGCUGACUGUAUAGCCGAAAGUCAAGUUUACAGGUUUGGAUAUAGCCUGUUUGUCCAAGCAUAGCAUACUGUGCACUGGUGUACACCGCAGCAGCAUAGUAUGUUGACGGUCAUGGGGAAUGACAAUAGCAUAGUCAAAUAAGAUCAAUUCUCCU